AAUCCCACCCUGAUUAUAGAGGCUAUAGCUACAUCAAGUCCUGAGUGCCAGCACGCUGAUUUCAAACUUUUUUCGCUGUUUUGUUUCUUUCACAGAAGCCAGACUAGUUUGUCACAUGACACAACUUCAAUUAAUACAUUUCUGGCAACAUUUAAUCGAAACCACUUGAAUGAGUGUGAUCAUUCUGACUCAGUGAUGUAUCAACCCACACCUCGUUACAAGAUACAUUGUUAUUAAUGACGGUACAUCAAGCGCGGCAGAAUAUGAAGACUACAAUGCGAGCGUUUAUUUUCUGCUCCAUGUUAACGGUCUGCUAUAAUAUUCAAGCAGCCGGGAAAGUCAGUGGGACUCUGGCAUCACCGAGGCCGCCUUGGCUCGCCUGAUAAGCGGGCUUCCUGCUGAAUAAAGUCCGGGGCGUCUGGUGUUACCGCGCGGGCCUUGUGACACACUGACUCGUGGAGACUUGAAGUGAAUCAGAUAACAGAGAGAUAAGACGCACCGAGCCAACACUUCGUGCACAAGGCGAAAAUAGAACAAGGAAAAUGAGUUGUUUACCUUCUACGACCUCUUCUAUGUUCUCAUCAUCGCUGUCCAUGCUGCACGAGGCUGCCGGCCUGACGGACUCUACUCGGGCUCACUGCUCCUCUUGUCACCCACGAGGCGUCACGAGCGCAGCGUGGUAUGAUGUGACAGUUGAUGAGACCAGUUCAGAGUUAAUGCCAAGUUUCCUUAUCAUAAUGAAAAAGCAACAUUACGCAUAUUAGUUCAUCAAUGGGCAGGGCAGGGCUCUGAUAGAGUCACAGCAUGACAGCACUUGUUGUGGGAUGUGCUAAAACUGGAUCACUCCCUCUGGAAGUCCCUCCUCCUUGUUGUAUAAGGCUCACUUUGGACUCCAAGAAACCUGUGCAGAGCGUCUUGUUUUCAGCAGAGCCAUGGGAUCCGACUCCCCUUUCUUGUUGGCUGGGGUCUCCCUACUGUCGGCCCUGCAUAUGGGUUAUCUGGCCCGGCGGGUUGGUCGGUCCAGGAUGGCUCAUAAAGUCCUGCCUCCCUCCGUCACUGGACCCCCAGAGUUUGAGAGGACUUUCCGAGCACAUCAGAACUGUGUGGAGUUCUACCCUCUGUUCCUGGUCACGAUGUGGACCUGCGGCAUGUUCUGCAGUGAGGUGGUGGCUGCUGUAGGAGGACUGGUCUACAUGAUUGCCCGACAGGUUUACUUCAAUGGCUACGUCAAGUCCAGCAAGAAAAGGUUACCUGGUUUCUACCUGACUCUGGUUGUGUUUGCCACUUUGUCUCUGCUGGCUAUUAUUGGAAUACUGCGUGGAGUACUACACGAGUACUUUCACAUCCACCUCUGAAAAUGAAAUCGACUGAGCAACACAGGACAGCCAGUUUGAGAAAGGGAUUAUGUGAUAUUAAUCAAAUUUGUGGACACCCUUUUGUGACUUAAAUAUUCACUACAGGAACAACCCCCAUUAACGGGGUUAGUUUUUGAGAUACCCUUAUCAGAGAUAGAACAAAGCACACCCAUGUUUUUACAUAACUCUGAGAUGUCUACUUUAUAUAAUGGAUGGUUGUAUAAAGGUAAUUGACUGCUCAAUUACUUUUUGGGUUGUGUUCUUUGGUUGUUCUAUUUUUCUAUGAUUUUACCAAAAACAAAAGCUAGUUCAGAUUGAGGCCUCUCCAUGAGGGACAGCGUCUGUUAUUACAUGUAUCUCUGGAAACGAAAAUCAGAAUGUCUCCAAAUUUGGACUGAAUAUUCAAAGAUGUUUUUCACUUACAAUAAAGCAUUUUUUUUAUUAA